CCGCUAAAUUCACAGAGCUCCAUCAGUUGUGAAAGGCAUACAUAGUUGGAGCUCGUUUCUCGAAAUGAAGAAAUUUCUUUUUAUCGGAGUUUACUUUAUUUUGCUGAUUGUGCAAAAUAACGCAGCUCAAGAAAAGUUGGAUUCUUGUUCGGGAUUUGGAUAUGAAUUGCUUGCAGCACGUUUGGAAGCUCUGGAGAGCAUUGCAUUGAAGUCUCAGCUCCAAUCAACAGGAGAAGCUCAAAACCUACGUAAUGAUGUCCAGGAACUAACCAGAAAUAUUCAAUCGUUGGUAUGGAAAAAUUCGAUCGGCACCGAUUCUUCAAGCAUCUCUUCAGAUUUGCCUCGGUCGUGCAGUGAAUUGCGUUCUAGAAAAUCCGGCAUACAUCGAUUGGACAUUUCUCGAGGCUUGAAAGCACCGAUUGAGGUGUUCUGUGACCAGGACUAUGAAGGUGGCGGUUGGCUGGUAUUUCAAAAUCGAUUCAAUGGAGCAGUUGAUUUCUAUCGGCCCUGGGCUGAGUAUAAGGAAGGGUUCGGUGCAUUGGAUGGAGAAUUCUGGCUUGGACUGAAUAAGCUCCAUGAGAUAACAUAUUCCGGUUCGUACGAGCUGGCCAUUCAAAUGGAAGGCUUUGAUGGAGAAAAAGCGGUUGCACGAUAUUCUGAGUUUGCGAUCGGCAGUGAAGCGGAGUUCUACAACCUAAUAAAAUUGGGAGCGUACAACGGAACAGCGGAAGACAGUUUAAGUUAUCAUUCGGGGGGGAAGUUCUCAACCUUCGAUCGUGAUAAUGAUGAACAUGAGACACACUGUGCAUCGGUUUACAUCGGAGCCUGGUGGUAUAAAGCGUGUCACAUGAGCAAUUUGAAUUCGCGAUAUGGCGCAACCGGUCAGCCAAAUCGUAUCGUCGUCUGGCGAAAGUGGAAAGGGGACUCGUACGCUUUGAGAAUGACUCGAAUGAUGAUAAAACUGAAGUCGUAAAUGACAACUACCGUGUAGACACCAACCUUUGCGCAUUUGGGUGCUACUCACUCCUUGAAGGCCAUUUUUUCUACAUUCAUAUUUUUCACACAUGCCCACAAUCACUAGCUAGUAUGCCGUGAAAAAAGUUUGCAUUAUGCACCAACAAUAUUGUUUAACGAUUUAUUUUUUGAAAAGUGCCCAAAGUUAGGCCCUAGGUGCGCAAAGUAUGGUGCGUUUACGGUAGAUUUAUUGUAACGAUAAAUCGUAUUCAUCGAUCAAGAGAAA